AUGACAACAAAGUCAAGCACGUCCCCACGUGCAUUACGCGCUGCUCGACGUGGAGAGGCGUUGCUGCAACACGAGCGGGAGCAAGAGGAGCUGGGGGGACGGGAGGAAAUAGCAGCACACGAGGAGUCGGCGGCUGAUGCAGCUGAGGCUGGGGUAGCGGGAAUGGGUUCGGGGGGGGCUGCUGAGGCUGCUGAGUCCGAGGUGGCGCCACUGGCGGAGACGGAAGCGGUCGCUGCGGCUGGGGUGACGGUGACGGGCCAGAGCCGGGUUGGGGAGGAGUCACAGACGGUGUUGGGAGAUUCGCCGUCACCGCUCGGGGCGGCGGAGAUCGCGGUGGUCGUGGCUGAGGCAGUGAGGCGACCGGAGGGACCCCCGAAUGAAGAGACUGCGCCGACUGCCGCUGCGUCCGCCGGUACGUCUGUUGCUGCCGCGGCCGCAAACAAGCAGGGGCACGCCCGGGCGGCGAGCGGAAGACUGGGUCCCGGGACCGGCGCCGCUGCUUGCACCGCUCGCGGGAAGACCGGGACCGAGGCGGCCUGGAGCAGGGCUGGGACCUGGCGCCCUGGGACCCCUCCUGGGCUGGCUGCUGCAAGGGCAGCCGCCACGAGAGCCAGAGCAUCCGCCGCCAUCUUCCUCUCGCCCGGUGAUCAACGCUGA